AAGCCUGAGCAGUCAUUCCCUAAGUAAGUCAGGCAGGUGGAGAGAACAUUUCUAUUAUUUAUUUUCACCCAAAGGUAUCUCUGGUAAAUAACUGUUGGGCUUUGGUGCAGGCCUAUAUUAUGCCGUUAAUUUCAUGAUAUUAAUAUUAGUAAUAUUUAAUGAACACUGUCUGAGGCAAGGCCCUUGAGUGUUUUGCUUGCCUGAUCUCGUUUAAUUCCCCACCACCUUGUGUGUUCCGGUUUAUAGUCUGCAUUAAGAUAUGAUGGCCUCCACUCCAGCGGGGGUAUCUGAGAGUCAGUGGUUCCCUGUACAGGUUGAGGCUCAUGGUUCUGCAGGGCUGAUCCUGUGUUUGACGUGCUUUGAUUGUGCUGCGUUAGCUGUCACCUGCUAUUAAGUGGAAGAGUGAUUCUUUGGUGCCUUCGUUUGGCCGGCUCAGUAGAUUCAUACAUGGUAUUAAUGAGGCCAAGGCUGUGAGCUCUGUCCUCUACAAGGACCAGUUAGAUUCACUGUUUGGAACUCAUUACCCGAAGGUAAGGUUUUCAACGAGUACCCGGAGUGGCACCAACAGAAGAUGGAGAUUCCCAAGUGACUUGCAUGAUUUCUUUGAGGACAAACCCUACUAGCCGCAGUUUGCUGAGUUCAUAGUGCUGUGCUAGGGGAUUGUCAAACGACUUCCUUGGGCUCCUGGUUUGCAGAUGAGAAAAGCAAAGCUCAGUGAUUGUUACUUGCCUAGGGCUAUUCGAUUGCUUGUAAUAGAGCCAUGGCUGGGCCUGUCUGGAUCCAAAGGCUGUUUGUGAGUCACUCCAGAACAGGGUUUCUCAUUCUUGGCGUAAAGUGGGAAUUGAAUUGACAUUUCGGGUUGGGUUGUCUUUUGUCAUACGGAGGCUGUCCUGUGCAUUGUGGAUAUUUAGUAGCAUCCCUGGCUUCCAAACACACUGGAUGCUGGUAAUACACUUCUCUCUUCUAGUUGUGACAGCCAAAAAUGUCCCCAGUCAUUGCCAAGUGUCCACUGAGGAACAAAACCACUGUGCUCUAUGGUAUCAUUGAUGGGGGUAACUGAAAGAAACCAGGAUCUCUGACUGGGGGGACUUGGACAGAGUAGAGAACCGCCCCCAGACCGCAUUUCAUGAUGGGAUUUUGGAUUUGAAUACCUGUGUGUUCUCUUUGACAAACUGUACUGGACACUCGGGCCAGGGGAAGACGCUGGCCCCGAGCUGAAGGUCCAAACCAGGCUUCAUCCAUCUGCUUGCUACCUCCUGUCUCCUAGGUACCGUCCCAGCUCUUGCUGGACCUUCUGGGGCAGGGAUGUUGGAAUCGGACAUCUCUUCCCAAGAAGGAGGAGGCUGUGUCCUGCUCAGGGCUGGCAACAUGGAUGAGUAAUAAGAGAGAGAAGGAACGUAGAGGGGAGAGAACCGCCAGCAUGAAUGCCGCCCCACGCAUCCACACAGGCUACGAGAUGGUGCACAGAACUCACUGAGCAGACUGCCUGGCGUGUGGAGCAUGCUUAAUAAAUGCUGGCUAUUAUUACCAUUAUUAUUAAUACUAUUUAUAACUACAGCUCUGUUUUAUAAAAAAAAAAAUAACUAGUUUUCAGAACACACUCCUCCAGGCUUCCUGCUCCAUUAAUAUUCAACUUACUUAUUUAAAUUUAAUUUUUUCAAGGUCUUGUGUUUAAUUUUUUAAAAACCUCGUGAAUUAUUAGCAUUUUAAUGAAUAAUGACAUUUAAUAAAUAAUAACACUAGCAAGGGCUCAAAACGUAAGCCAUUUAAUUUAACAACGUACCUGUGUUUUCUCAAAAAAGAAACAGAAGAAAAAAAUGCCUACAAGAAACUUUACACUGUGGACAAAUGUUCUCUGUAAUUUGAACUUCUGGCUUUUUUUAAAAAAAUUAUUGUUAUUAGUGGGAUAAUGGCUUUGCAGUAUCCCCAACUCUAUGUAUCCCCAAUUCUAUGUAGGUAGAAGUACCCAGCUAGAGUUAAUUUUAUUUAGAAAUUGCAAAGCAUGUACUAUGUACUGCAUUAGUCUAAUAUUCUAAGGGCUUUGGAAAUAUGAAUUCAUUUAAUCCUCAUAACAACAAUGGGAAGUAGAUGCUAUUAUCAUUCUCAUUUUUUAGAUGAGGAAACUGAGGUACAAAGAGGUUAUUAACUUGCCCAAAGGUGCAUAGUUAGUAAGCACAGAGCUGGGAUUCAAACCCAGGGAGUUGGCUUCAGAAUCCAUUUUCUAAACCAUUAUACAUAUUGCCUCUUCUCGCACCAAGGAGGAGUCUUAGGAGGUAUAGGAAGCAAUUUCCCAUUCUCCCUCAGAUAUAGGGGAUAGUGGUAAUACUAACAGCAAACUGAGGUUAUCUCACAUUAGGUCUUGGAGAAGUGAGGAAGGUGGCACACGGACCGUAAUCUAAUCCUUUAGCAUAGGUUGGGAAGAAUAAAAAUGCCUCUGGGUAAACACGUUUUAUUUUAUGUGAAGUUCGUGUAUGUGUAUUUGUGUAUGUUUAUUGUGUCCAUAGUUUGAAGUGUAUAGGCCUUUACAUUUAUACGAACUGUACUUAGAAACUCCUAAUGUCUACGGAAAUUCAUAUCAUAAAGAGCAUGCGUGUAAGAAAUCUUUUGAUCUUUUUACAUUUUAUGGUAGUGGUUCUAGUAGUAAUUCAACACAUAAAUGAAAAGUAAUUCAAUGCACAUUGCUUCUUAAACAAGAGGUUCAGGUAUGUUGGCUGUUGCAUCAGUUAUGAAGAAGACAUUCCUGUAGGUGUGGUGGCAUGCUUCCCUCCCUGCCAACUCCAACCUCCCCAGGAGCUCCAAGCCUUUAAUCUUCCCACAAAGAGCUUUAAGUCCAUCCUUGGUUCACACUUGAGUUUUGCCUCUUGUUUGAGAAUGACAUCAGAAGGGAAGGGCUCCUGCUUCUCCCAUGCCUCAGCCAUUGCAGGUUCUUUCAGAGACAGGAGGGUGCACUGCCAUGGCCAUGUAGGUGACCCAGGAUGCUAUUUCUGGGCUUUCCAGUGGUGACAGUUCCUUAACCCUGUCACACCGAGAUGGCAGAAGAACAAAAUACUAUAAUAAAAUGACAUCAAAUUAAAAACCAAGCAGGAUCCAAUGUGAGCUCUUCUAUAAAUAACUUAUGAAAAGUGAAAAGAUGUUUCUGUUAGCAAAUUUAAAAUAAUCGUUAGAAUCCUUCAACAGAUUGCUGCUAAUUAGAUUGAGAAUUAAAUAGCUUUGUAUGAGUGUAGAGUUAAUUAAUAGCUCAUUACUUUUUUAAUAAGCCAAAUUCAUUUGGAAACAGAAAAGAGACAGCAAAGUUCAUCAUGGAUGAGAUGUUAGAUUGGGAUUAUUUCUCCUUCCCUUGAUGAGAGGAGUUUAAUUAAGGCAGGAGACAAAUUUGUAUCAUGAAUAAGUUGCAUGCAAAACCCCAGCAUUAAGAGUUGGGGAAAGCAGCAAGUAUCCUUAUUUUAAAAGCCUCCUUGGGCCAUAUAGGGUUAAUAAAAAGUGUGCUUGAGUCUCCCUGUUCAACUUUUUGGUUUCAAUUCAGUUAUAAAGUAAAACUUUUUGAAGCUAGGUAGGUUCAUUCAAGCCAGUGGAACUUCCUUGUACUCAUAUUGAUUUAAUUUUCAUUCUUUUUCAUUCCAGAUGCACUAGGAUCUUACUUUGAAAGCAAUCUUCCCUUUUCCCGAAUAUUUUCGUUUCCUUUCACCCUCAUCCUUUCUUUCCACAUAGUCUCAAAUUUCAUUAUUUCUUCAUCUAGUUUUCUGACCCUUAGAUGCCCCUUAUGUUAUAUAACAUAGAGUAGAAUGGAGUGCAAUGAAAUGAAUAACUUCUGAUUUUGAAAGCAGGUGCAUCUCAUUAUCCCAUAUGGAAAUUUUCUGUUCCAUAUUGUUUGCAAACAUAGAGGAACCAAUUUCUACAAGGCAGUCUUUCAGAAGUAGUCCUUGUCACCCCUUGGAGUUGGAUAGAUUGAUGAAUUUGUCUUUCAGGGUGGGUAUGUGAUGUUGUCUCCUUUUGCCUUCUACCCAUUCAAAUAAAAAUCAUUCCUCUUCAGAUGUGAAAGAGCUGUUCGAUGUCAUCUGGUCAAAAGCUAGUAGAAUACAUUAUUCCUCUGAUAACACCCCUGCUAAGUGUGGGUCUAGUUUCUGCUAAACCAAUAGAUGUAACUUGGGUUCCUUUGUUGCAUCAUUGUAUACACAUGAUGACAUGUUCCAUGUAAGUGGAUUGGAGACUUCUCACCUGGAGCAGGAGGGAGGUCAGCAGAGAAUGUCUCUUUCUGGAGAAACAUUAAAUGUCCUGCCUAGUAAUGGGAUGACAUCCCCCUUGACAAUGAACCAUGACUUGCAUGUGGCUGUUCCUUUGAGGAGCACUACAGCAACUGUGGUUACAGCGUAGCCCUGGGGACCAAUGGGUUCACCUGGGAGCAGAUUAACACGUGGGAGAAACCAAUGCUGGACCAGGCGGUGCCCACAGGAUCCUUCAUGAUGGUGAACAGCUCUGGGAGAGCCUCUGGCCAGAAGGCCCACCUUCUCUUGCCGACCCUGAAGGAGAACGACACCCACUGCAUCGAUUUCCAUUACUACUUCUCCAGCCGCGACAGGUCCAGCCCAGGGGCCUUGAACGUGUACGUGAAGGUGAACGGCGGGCCCCAGGGGAACCCCGUCUGGAAUGUGUCUGGGGUCGUCACCGAGGGAUGGGUGAAGGCAGAGCUCGCCAUCAGCACCUUCUGGCCACAUUUCUAUCAGGUGAUAUUUGAAUCCGUCUCUCUGAAGGGUCAUCCUGGCUACAUCGCCGUGGAUGAGGUCCGGGUCCUCGCUCAUCCUUGCAGAAAAGCACCUCAUUUUCUGCGACUGCAAAACGUCGAGGUAAACGUGGGACAGAAUGCCACAUUUCAGUGCAUUGCUGGUGGGAAGUGGUCUCAGCACGAUAAACUUUGGCUCCAGCAAUGGAAUGGCAGGGACACGGCCCUUAUGGUCACCCGUGUGGUCAACCACAGGCGCUUCUCGGCCACGGUCAGCGUGGCGGACACUGCCCAGCGCAGCGUCAGCAAGUACCGCUGUGUGAUCCGCUCGGACGGUGGGUCUGGUGUGUCCAACUACGCGGAGCUGAUCGUGAAAGAGCCCCCCACGCCCAUUGCCCCCCCAGAGCUGCUGGCUGUGGGGGCCACCUACCUGUGGAUCAAGCCAAACGCCAACUCCAUCAUCGGGGACGGCCCCAUCAUCCUGAAGGAGGUGGAAUACCGCACCACCACCGGCACCUGGGCAGAAACCCACAUAGUCGAUUCCCCCAACUAUAAGCUGUGGCAUCUGGACCCCGACGUGGAGUACGAGAUCCGGGUGCUGCUCACGCGGCCCGGCGAGGGGGGCACGGGACCGCCAGGGCCUCCGCUCACCACCAGGACCAAGUGUGCAGACCCGGUGCAUGGCCCACAGAACGUGGAGAUCGUGGACAUCCGAGCCCGGCAGCUGACCCUGCAGUGGGAGCCCUUCGGCUACGCGGUGACCCGCUGCCACAGCUACAACCUCACCGUGCAGUACCAGUACGUGUUCAACCAGCAGCAGUACGAGGCCGAGGAGGUGAUCCAGACCUCCUCCCACUACACCCUGCGCGGGCUGCGCCCCUUCAUGACCAUCCGGCUGCGCCUCCUGCUGUCCAACCCCGAGGGCCGGAUGGAGAGUGAGGAGCUGGUGGUGCAGACGGAAGAGGACGUUCCAGGAGCUGUUCCUCUAGAAUCCAUCCAAGGAGGUCCCUUUGAGGAGAAGAUCUACAUCCAGUGGAAACCUCCUAAUGAGACCAAUGGGGUCAUCACACUCUAUGAGAUCAACUACAAGGCUGUUGGCUCCCUGGACCCGAGUGCCGACCUCUCCAGCCAGAGGGGAAAAGUGUUCAAGCUCCGGAAUGAAACCCACCACCUCUUUGUGGGUCUGUACCCAGGGACCACCUACUCCUUCACCAUCAAGGCCAGCACAGCGAAGGGCUUUGGGCCCCCUGUCACCACUCGGAUCGCCACCAAAAUUUCAGCUCCAUCGAUGCCUGAGUACGACACAGAAACCCCCCUGAAUGAAACUGACACGACCAUCACAGUGAUGCUGAAGCCUGCUCAGUCUCGGGGAGCCCCUGUCAGUGUUUAUCAGCUGGUUGUCAAGGAGGAGCGACUUCAGAAGUCACGGAGGGCAGCUGACAUUAUCGAGUGCUUUUCGGUGCCUGUGAGCUAUCGGAAUGCCUCCAGCCUUGAUUCUCUACACUACUUCGCUGCUGAGUUGAAGCCUGCCAACCUGCCUGUCACCCAGCCGUUUACAGUGGGUGACAAUAAGACAUACAAUGGCUACUGGAACCCGCCCCUCUCCCCCCUGAAAAGCUACAGCAUCUACUUCCAGGCACUCAGCAAAGCCAAUGGAGAGACCAAAAUCAACUGUGUUCGUCUGGCUACGAAAGCACCAAUGGGCAGCGCCCAGGUGACCCCGGGGACUCCACUCUGCCUCCUCACCACAGGUGCCUCCACCCAGAAUUCUAACACCAUGGAGCCAGAGAAGCAGGUGGACAACACCGUGAAGAUGGCCGGCGUGAUCGCUGGCCUCCUCAUGUCCAUCAUCAUUCUCCUGGGCGUGAUGCUCACCAUCAAAAGGAGAAGAAAUGCUUAUUCCUACUCCUAUUACUUGUCCCAAAGGAAGCUGGCCAAGAAGCAAAAGGAGACACAGAGUGGAGCCCAGAGGGAGAUGGGGCCAGUGGCCUCGACAGACAAACCCACCACCAAGCUCAGCGCCAGCCGCAACGACGAAGGCUUCUCUUCUAGUUCUCAGGACGUUAACGGAUUCACAGAUGGCAGCCGUGGGGAGCUGUCCCAGCCCACCCUCACCAUCCAGACCCACCCCUACCGGACCUGCGACCCCGUGGAGCUGAGCUACCCCCGGGACCAGUUCCAGCCCGCCAUCCGGGUGGCGGACCUGCUGCAGCACAUCACCCAGAUGAAGAGAGGCCAGGGCUACGGGUUCAAGGAGGAAUACGAGGCCUUACCAGAGGGGCAGACAGCUUCGUGGGACACAGCCAAGGAGGACGAGAACCGCAAUAAGAAUCGAUACGGGAACAUCAUAUCCUAUGACCAUUCCCGGGUGAGGCUGCUCGUGCUGGACGGAGACCCACACUCCGACUACAUCAAUGCCAACUACAUUGACGGAUACCAUCGACCGCGGCACUACAUCGCAACUCAAGGUCCGAUGCAGGAGACAGUAAAGGACUUCUGGAGAAUGAUCUGGCAGGAGAACUCUGCCAGCAUCGUCAUGGUCACAAACCUCGUGGAAGUGGGCCGGCACCCAGCGGAACACACUGUGGGAAAGGCCACUCUAGGCCGUGCGGCGUCCCCCGGAAUGGUGAAGUGCGUGCGAUACUGGCCAGAUGACACGGAGGUCUACGGAGACAUCAAAGUCACCCUGAUCGAAACAGAGCCCCUGGCAGAAUAUGUCAUCCGCACCUUCACGGUGCAGAAGAAAGGCUACCACGAGAUCCGGGAGCUCCGCCUCUUCCACUUCACCAGCUGGCCCGACCACGGCGUCCCCUGCUACGCCACUGGCCUUCUGGGCUUCAUCCGCCAGGUCAAGUUCCUCAACCCCCCGGAAGCUGGGCCCAUAGUGGUCCACUGCAGUGCCGGGGCCGGGAGGACCGGCUGCUUCAUCGCCAUCGACACCAUGCUCGACAUGGCCGAGAACGAAGGCGUGGUGGACAUCUUCAACUGUGUGCGUGAGCUCCGGGCCCAGCGGGUCAACUUGGUACAGACGGAGGAGCAGUACGUGUUUGUGCAUGAUGCCAUCCUGGAAGCGUGCCUCUGCGGCAACACCGCCAUCCCCGUGUGCGAGUUCCGCUCUCUCUACUACAAUAUCAGCAGGCUGGACCCUCAGACAAACUCCAGCCAAAUCAAAGAUGAAUUUCAGACCCUUAACAUUGUGACGCCCCGAGUGCGGCCUGAGGACUGCAGCAUUGGGCUCCUACCGCGGAACCACGAUAAGAAUCGGAGCAUGGACGUCCUGCCUCUGGACCGCUGCCUGCCCUUCCUCAUCUCGGUGGACGGGGAGUCCAGCAACUACAUCAACGCAGCGCUGAUGGACAGCCACAAACAGCCGGCCGCCUUCGUGGUCACCCAGCACCCCCUGCCCAACACCGUGGCGGACUUCUGGAGGCUGGUGUUCGACUAUAACUGCUCCUCCGUGGUGAUGCUGAAUGAGAUGGACACUGCCCAGCUCUGUAUGCAGUACUGGCCUGAGAAGACGUCCGGGUGCUACGGGCCCAUCCAGGUGGAGUUCGUGUCUGCGGACAUCGAUGAGGACAUCAUCCACAGAAUAUUCCGCAUCUGUAAUAUGGCUCGGCCACAGGACGGUUACCGUAUAGUCCAGCACCUCCAGUACAUUGGCUGGCCUGCCUACCGGGACACCCCCCCCUCCAAGCGCUCUCUGCUCAAAGUGGUCCGACGGCUGGAGAAGUGGCAGGAGCAGUAUGACGGGAGGGAGGGACGCACCGUGGUCCACUGCCUGAACGGGGGAGGCCGCAGCGGAACCUUCUGUGCCAUCUGCAGCGUGUGUGAGAUGAUCCAGCAGCAAAACAUCAUUGACGUGUUCCACAUCGUGAAAACACUGCGUAACAACAAAUCCAACAUGGUGGAGACCCUGGAACAGUAUAAAUUUGUAUACGAGGUGGCACUGGAAUAUUUAAGCUCCUUUUAGCUCCAUGGGAUGGGGAGCCUGCGGGAGCCCAGAGGCUGCUGCGGCCAAGCCCCCUUUUCUGUGACUGGCAGUGACCGAGGUGGCACCCCUGCCCGACUCCAAGAAGAAGACUGAUGGCCCGACAUUCCUCGGGGUGUCUGCGCCCUCCAAGGGGUCUCCCAGGGCUGCAGGAGAUGCUGCUCCGAAAGUUCCGGACUUCCCUUCCAGCCCCACCAGCCACAGCCACGGCCCGGGCAGAAGGGCACCCCCAAGCAAAGCCUCAGACUUCCAGUCCCCAGACCUCUAGCU